AUGGAAAAGAAAUACAUUCUUUUACUUGGAAUGCUGCUCAAAAGAAGCAGGGAACUGGCUCGUAAAUUCUUGGAUAAUUACAUCUUUUUAGCAGUUGGAAGAGUAGGUAGUACAUCAGAAAAUAUUACACAGAAAGUUGUUUGGGUGGAAGAACAUGAUAAGAGAUCAUUUUUACUGGAUUUGUUAAAUGCUGCUGGACUGAAAAAUGGCAAUCCAGCUCGUGAUUCUUUGACUUUAACAUUUGUUGAGACUAAAAAAGGAGCAGAUGCUCUUGAAAACUUUCUUCUGAAAGAAGGCUAUCCAGUAACUAGUAUUCAUGGAGAUCGUAGCCAGCGAGAAAGAGAAGAUGCUCUGUGGUCUUUUCGCACAGGACAUACACCGGUUCUUGUAGCUACAGCAGUAAGUUUAUAAAAUUUAAAGAAAUAAUCUUUAAA